GUACUGACCAGAAAGAUAAUAGACACGGAUCUCUUGAUUUACUGUCAAUCUUCGUAGCGCUUAGUACUAACAGCAUACAGCAAACUCAAAAACAGCUCAGAGCUACACUGCUUUGUACGGAAAAGGGCUUUAGAAGAAACUUCAGCUGUAGCCGGUUAAUUUCUUCAUUUGGAUUGAAUCGCAGAGACUCUAUAAUGGAUCUGAUGUGGCUUUUAUGCAUCGCAGCGAGUAUCUGCGUUUCGCUCGCCUCUGCUGAGAGACACACUGUUUUCUGGAAUAGUACCAACCCCAAGUUCCAAUGGGACAACUAUGCGGUUGAGGUACGCUUAAAUGACUACCUGGACAUUGUUUGCCCUCAUUACCCACUGGGUGAAGUGCCCUCACAGGACGCCCAGCGCUAUGUGCUCUACAUGGUGGAACGUGAAGACUACGACGCCUGUCGCCCACAGUCCUAUGACCAGAUGCGCUGGGAAUGCGGCCACCCUUUCGCCCCACACGCACCCGAGAAGUUCUCUGAGAAGUUCCAGCGCUUCACACCAUUCACUCUGGGAAAAGAGUUCCGGCAGGGAGAGAGCUACUACUAUAUCUCCAAACCACUGCAUCACCACGGAGAAAAGUGUCUGAGACUCAGAGUGGACGUAGUCGCCAAUGAUGGUUCUCAAGAAGCCAGGGUCGGCACGGGAGGCGGAGCUAAAGUGGGUGCAGGGGGAGGAGCUCACACACCGUCUAAUCGGUUACCGGCAGAUGAUCCUGUUGUGGCUCUUCCUGAAGUACAGAAAAGCAUGCGGACAAACUCCGCCAUUUCAAUAGCAUCCUGGACUGUUCUCACAACCCUACUCCCUAUUUUAUUAUUGCUGGUCUUACAGUGAGAUGAACACUGGACUAAAUUACACUUACAAAAGACUACAAUGACAGCGGCCUGUGUUGACGGAAGCACACAGGGGUAGCUCUUUACAUCUCAGUGCUGGUCACUGGGAGACCCGUACAGGAAGUGGAGCUCUCUCACACCGCUGGUGCCGGUGGAGAAGCGUAACUCUAAUGAAGAGGGCUUUGAACUUUGGACACUUAAAAAAAAAAAAAAAAAACGAGACGUCAGUAUUUUUCUGGAAAUAAUGUUCAUGGCAAAGGGAAUCUGUUUUUUCCCCUUUCCAUUUUUUGUUCCUCAUAUUAACGCCGGACUACACAAAACCUGGAUAAGAACAAACUGAAACAGUAUAGCAUGCAUUUCAAAUAUGGACCCCUUUAUUCGAGAGUCAUGAUGAGGGGACUCAAGUCAAGAAUGAGCCAAAGACCACAAAGCUUCUCGUGAAGGAGCGGAGCGAUCAAACCUUUUCAUUGUUUUCUCAUGUUUUGUUGAUCCAGAGAGAUAAUUGAGUUUCGUAUUAAUUUAUGUAGCAUCAGCUCAGUGGGUUUUAUUCUCACGACUUUCUCACGAUUUUACAAGACUGUGUGCUGUACCUGGAUUUAAACCUGGAAAUUCAGCACAGAACACACGCAAACCCCUUUUCCACUGAAAUGGUGCCGGUUCCUGUGAUGGGACGUCCGAGGAAGUAAAUAGAGUAUGUCAGAUUGAGCGCCGGCACCCUAUCAGCUGAAAACGGGGGCAUCCGAUACUGUUUACCAAACCCACUGACACACUUCCUUUCACAAAUGCUGUGUUGUUUAUGUACAGUCGUUGUUUAGAGAGUUAGUAAAUUAUUAGGUGUGCUGCAGAACAAAUUACUGUAUAUAGUGAGCAAAAAUGUUUACUGUGUGAUAGAGAGAGAAAGGGAGAGUGAGCGAAAGAGGGAGAAUCGUUGGAUUCGUGUGUAUGCAGAUGAAAGACAGGAAGAAAAGCUGGCAAAAAAAGGAGAAGUUGAUAUGUCCAGAAACGCACACUGCCUCUCGAAUGUGUGUGUGUUAACAGAGGAGACGUGACAGUCUGUCCCGGGACGGUGGGUCAGAUCAGCACCCUCAGCAUUUAAACUGCCAAGCACAAUCAAUGAGAAGCGCACAGACACACACACACACACACACACACACAUUACAAACAGAAAACAGGAAGGCAACAGAAGGGUUUUAAUGCAGAAAACAGCCCAAGUAAAGUAAUUCAACUGAUUUGUAUCGAUAAUUGAACGAUACUAAAUAAGGCAAAAUAUUAAGAAUAUAUAUUAAUAAUCUAAAGUUUUGGGGGUAUAUGGAGUUGCCCGUGUCUAAUAA